AUGGCUUUCCUCUCUGGCCCUCCCCGCGUGUUAAGGCUGACGCGCUUCGUUGACGGAACAAUAUUGUCGACUCGUCGCUGUUUUAGCAUUUUUCAAGCCCGUCGAGCUUCUCAGAAUGAGGCUACCUACGAUGUUGUGGUUAUCGGCUCCGGCUGUUCGGGCUUGACCACCGCCUUCGUCGCCGCAAAGCAUGGUCUCAAGGUCAUGGUCUUGGAGAAGACACAGUAUUUUGGAGGCACAACAGCUUACUCCGGUGGCGGAGCAUGGAUACCGGUCAACAAGCACCAAGCAGCUAUCGGUGUACAGGACUCGGCAGUUGAAGCAGAUAUGUAUCUUCACGAGGUGCUGGGAGACCUCUACGACCCGAAGAAAGUGCCAAUUUUCCUUAAAUCAGCUCCGGAGAUGGUGAAAUGGAUGGAGGACAACUCCGCCGUUCGCUUUAAGCCUGUUCCUUUGCCGGACUACCAUGUCACGAAAAAAGGUGCCUCGGCAGGUCGCACGAUCCUGACAGAAAAGUUUGAUGGACGUCAACUGGGGCCAUUGAUCAGGCAGGUUCGCUAUCCAAUCCAGGGCUACUCGGCAUUUGGUUCGAUGCAAGCAGACCCAGAGGAGUUACCAGUCGUGACCAAUCCCUUUGGUAGUAUCACGAAUCUGGUCAAGGUGACGAAGAAAAUGCUUCGCUACGCCGCAGACCUGAUUCGCUAUGGCAAGGGAGCCGACAUGGCCAAUGGCAAUGCACUUGUGGGACGGCUGUUGUUUUCUGUGCAGCAGCAAGGGGUGGACUUAUGGAAUAAUGCGUCAGCCACAGACCCCGUGAUCGAGAACGGGCGUGUCGCAGGUGUUCAAGUUCUCCGUCAAGGCCAAGAGACCACGGUAUACGCUCGUAAGGGAGUGGUCCUUGCUAGUGGUGGCUUUGGCAGAUCAGAGGAGGCUAAACAGUACGUCCCGCAUGAAUGGUGUGCAUGCCCACGAGGCAAUACAGGAGACGGCAAGCGGAUUGGUGUUGCCAGCGGUGGUGCUCUACCGCCCAAGAACCCGUCGAAUGCCAUCUUUGCCCCUAUCUCUCUCCUGCCUGUCCCGAAUGGUCCGGUACGCCGCUUUCCACAUUUCGCGAUCGAUCGAUCUAAGCCUGGGUCCAUCAUUGUUGGGCCUGACGGUCGACGGUUUGCAAACGAGUCGGAGCCUUACCAGGAGUUUGUCAGUGCCAUGCACCAGAAGGGCAUCCAGAAAGCGUACUACAUCGGCGACCGCACACAUCUUCGCAAAUACGGUAUGGGAAUGGCAUUGCCAUGGCCCUACCCAAUUUGGAAGUUACUGAGACAAGGCUAUCUGAUCUCAGCGCCCACGAUUCCCGCACUCGCGGAGAAGAUCGGUGUCCCCACCCAAGCGUUAAUGCAGACGGUUUCUGAGUAUAAUGACUUCGCUACGACAGGGGUUGAUACACAGUACCAUCGAGGCGAGACCGCGUACGACCGCUUCUACGGCGACCCGCAGGUUCAACCAAAUCCUAAUAUUCAACCAUGCGCGACUGGUCCGUUCUAUGCGCUCCCGCUAUACCCCGGCAAUGUCAGCACUCUGUAUGGGUUGAUAACAAACAAUGAUGCCCAAGUGCUAGACCAGAGCGGCCAAACUAUCAAGGGACUAUACGCAGUCGGUUGUGAUCAAAAUAGUGUCUUUAAGGGGGCUUACCCGGGAGGAGGCUCCAGCAUUGGACCGGGAAUGACAUUUGGCUACCGAGCAGGGAGAAGACUGGCUCAAGAUGCUCCAGAGGCCUUCUAG